UCGUUAGGGAAUACGAUGCAUUGUGGGUAUUGUAGUAUGCAAUGUAGGUAGGUAAAGCCAGAGGUUUGGUAAAACGUUGCACCUAUUUGGUUUUGGAGCAUUUAAUGGAUCAUUCAGUUAGAUCCUAUUAAAUUGCAAAGUAUUGUCAUGCUUAAUUCUAUAAUAAAAUUGGUCAAAUGUGUGACAUGAUUUAUUGACUGUGCAACCACUUGUGUGAGAUUCCGCAAAGCUGAUUUCAGUGUCGUGCUGUCUUUGCCAGACGCUUCCGUGGUUACCACAGUAACGGAGCUCCAGCUGUUCGUGUGUACACUUGUUGAUACAAUAGCGAGUGAGCUUGCACAUAAACAAUAUACGUUACUUGUUAUAUCUCUGACAUAUGCUCAGUUGUUACAUUUUACAUGACCUUUUAUAGCUCUACAUAAAUUGGGUAAAUUUGCGGAAGUAAUACAAAUGCGGCCAACGAAGUAUUUCACCGCAACAGAGGUGUCCCUUCAUAACACCCUUGGCGACCUGUGGGUGUCAUACCUGGGCAAGGUGUACGACUUGACACCAUUGGUGAAUGAAUUUAAAGGGGAUGUACUCCUGAAGCCUAUCAUUGAGUGUGCAGGAAAGGACAUCAGUCACUGGUUUGACCCAAAGACAAAAGAUAUUCUGACCCACAUUGACCCACUAUCUGGGUGUGUGAAAUACUACACCCCUAGGGGGCGCUUUGUGCACGUGCCCCCUCCCUGCCCUCGUACUGACUGGACCAAUGACUUUGGGCGACCCUGGUGGAGAGAUACGCAAUAUGAGGUGGGACUACUUUCUGUCAAGACCAGGUGGAUCCGCAUCAUCAACACCCUCACAUCCCAGGAGCAGGGUCUGGAGGUGUGUUCCGAGGAGACCUUGAAUGAGAUUCUCCAGCGGUACCUCCGCUACAACUCUCACGCCGCCAGCUACACUUGGAAGCACGACUGUGUCAACCUGGACAUGAGUAAAACGCUGGAGGAGAACGGCAUCCCCGACGAGGACGAGGACUUCUACAACACACGCAUGGACCGCGACCUCUUCUCCCAGUCCAUCUGCCUGUACUUCAACGACGACCUCACUGAACUUUGACCCCAUAUGUAAGGAUGUUAGAAAAUGGUGGUGAGCAAUAUGAGCAGACAAUCUAUUAAAAUGUUGACUCACAAAAUACA